AUUCUAUCAUAAUUCUAUUUCGUAAACAGAUUUUUAUUACUUUCUUGAUCAAUCUUUCAACUAUUGGCAUCAUUAUUCGUUGUGGACUUCAAAAUGGACCUAAAUUUUGUGCAAGCUGAUAACAGCAAUCUACCUAAGGUUGACGCAUUAAUGGUAGCAUUUUUCUUCAAAAAUAAUGCGGACUACUAUGCUGCGGAACUCAAACAUGUGAAAACAACAAUGUCUGGAAGGGAGUCCUACGGAGACGAUGCAAUUGGCUAUGUGCAGCUGCACCGGGAGCAUGGACUUUGCACACUUAAGUGCAAAAUGUGCCCAGAGCACAAAGUGAGAUCAAAAGCUUAUAAUGUGACAAUGGUUAUCAACGAAAAUGAAAGCGAGAUAAUAAGUUGUCAGUGCCAUGACUGUGCUGCUUCAGCAGGAGGCUGCAAGCAUGCAGUCGCUUUUUUGAUGUGGGUACAUCGGCGCAGUGAGGAACCUCCAUCUACUUCGGUGGAAUGUUAUUGGAAAAAGCCAACAUUGUCAAGAGUAAGGACUACUCUGAAGUACAUCCCGGUGCAGCAGAUUUCGAAAAAGACACAGACCAAGUACAUCAGCACUUUACACAGACUUUAUUUUGGAAGCCAAAAAAAGAAAACUUCAACACUGUGAAUUGAUAAAAUAUCAGGACG